AUGCAAGAAGAGACCAAACAAAGUGUAACUCUUAAACCCCUAAUGGACACCAUCAUAUACGGAUGGCCAGAUAAACCAAAGAAGUUACCAAAAUGCAUCAGAAUGUUUUGGUCAAGCAGAAAUUCAUUAGCAACUGAAGAUGACCUUAUACUACAAGGAAACAUAAUAAUAGUACAAGAGAAACUAAGACCAGGCAUCCUGAAAAUCUCCACACCGACCACUAAGAUUGGAAAACGAAGCACUAGCAUGGCAGUCUUCAAGAGGACCAAAUCUAUAUUCAGUGAGCAUGGUAUUCCAAACAAAAUUGUAAUCGACAACGGUCCACACUUUAGCAGUAUCGAGUUCCGAAAUUUUGUGAACAAUAUAGAGUGUAAAGUCAGAGGGCCACGGGAAGCAGGAACUGACACAUCAUCAAUACAAGAUGAAUACACAGAAAACGCCUACAGUGUUUGUAACAUUGAAAGAGAACAACAAACAAUAAGCUCAGAUAAUAUCACUCACAAACCAAUAACAUAUUACAAGAGGUGCAUUGCAAAGGCGGAAUUAUGGAGCAAACAAACAAGUUUAGGGAAUUAUGAUCAGCAUUCAUUUGCCUGUCCCUUUUUUCGUGCCGGCAUCUUUGACAAAUAUGGCGGAGAGUUACAUUUUGAUGAAGCUGGAGUAAUGCUAUUGGUACCACCUGGUGCCAUCCAACAGUCGACACCUCAACUAAUUUACAUAUAUUUACAUCAUGAACAAAAUGAAAUUUUACCAAUCCCGCCAAACAUGAUGGCGACGAGUCCAGUGGUGUUUUGUGGGCCAUCCGGAAUGGUGUUUGACCAAAGAGUUCUAUUAUCGUAUCAGCAUUGUGCAAAUAUUAAAAAUAAUAACACGAAUUUGAUAACACUGCGUACGGAAACUGAACCCGACCAGUCACCAAGUUUUCACAACUUAUCAGAAGACAAUGAUUCGAUUACCCUUAUAAAAGGCAACACGGUGACGUUAAUGUUGUCUCAUUUUACUGGACAUACUAGUGUUGUACAAUGUGAAGAGGAAAAAGAAACAGUGAUACAUGAAAAAUGGUUAAAUUUGAUGUUGUUUUCGUCACAAAUAAAUGAUGAUGAUUACGAUUUACAACUUCGUCUAUAUUGUGCCAAUCAGACCGAAGAUGCUCGAUAUAUUGUGUUGGAAGAUGAGCGGCUCUUGGAAGGUUCAUUGCGUUCCCCUACCUUCCCGUUUCUUUUUGCAAGUAUAAGCGAUAUAAAUGUUCUCCUAAACUCGGAAGGAAAUUGGAAAGUACGUGGAGGGAAGACUAAACAGGUGAGAUGUUGGAUAUAA